CUAAACUAUAAGGAUGUUUUUGCCCCGUUUUGUCAGAAAAGAUACCACAUCAGUGAUGAAAUCAACCCUUUCCACCGCCAGAAGUCGUCUUGACUUAAACAGGCAGCACUUGAGACUCAACUCUACCAGUGCUGGUGUCGACCCUGCCCAGAUAUCCAGCGCCAGUCACGGCAAGAAGUUCACUUCCAGCUUCAAGCAAUAUGCCACCGCCAACAACAAGGUAGUCUCGUGGUUCCAUGACGUGCCCAUGGGAUUGGACACCACCACCAAAGAAGUCAACAUGGUGGUCGAGAUCCCUCGUUGGUCAAACGCCAAGUUCGAGAUCGACACUCAGUUGGAGGGUAAUCCUAUUGUGCAAGACGAGAAGAAGGGAGAGGUCAGGUUUGUCAAAAACUUGUUCCCUCACCACGGAUACAUCCACAACUACGGGGCCAUAUCACAGACAUGGGAGGAUCCUACCACCAAACACGACGGCCUCGAUUUGUUUGGAGACAACGACCCGUUGGACGUUUGUGACAUCGGUGCUAGCGUGUUGAACACAGGAGACAUCAAAAGAGUCAAGAUUUUGGGAUCAAUUGCCUUGAUUGACGACGGCGAGUUGGACUGGAAGGUGAUCGCCAUCAACGUCGAGGACCCCUUGUCGCAGGAACUCUUUGACAUCCAUGACUUGUACGUCAAGUGUCCAGGACUCUUGGAAACAACCAGACAAUGGUUCAGAGACUACAAGUUGCCAGACGGCAAGCCAAAAAACAAGUUUGCUUUUAACGGAGUUUACAAGAACCAAGCAGAGACAAUUGACAUCAUCUUGGGAUGCCACAACAGUUGGAAGAAAUUGAUUUCCGGCGAAGUCAGUGGCUCCAAAUUGCCAACCAUCCAGAACGCUACCUUGUCGGGAACAAAGGGACAUAUCCAAGAAUUUGACCCAAAGUUGUUGGAAGGAAAGAGCGAACCCGAUGCGCCAAUUCCAACUGAGAUCCAGAAGAGUUACUUCUUGUCUGAGUAGAUUUACGAUAGAUUCACGAUGUAUAUAUGUAAUACAAGCUAUUACGAG